GACAUUUUUGGACGCCACUAUUUCCGGGUGCGGCGGAAGCUGCAAGUGUUUGCAGAAAAUCCGUCCGAAGAUGGAGACUUUGACUGCGGGACAUAUGAUGAGUUUAGCGGCUCUGCAGAGACAAGACCCGUAUAUAAACAAGCUGCUGGAUGUUACCGGCCAGGUAGCUCUCUACAACUUCAACUCCAAAGUGAACGAAUGGGAGAAGACUGAAAUCGAAGGAACUCUAUUUGUUUAUUCGAGGUCUGCCUCGCCUCACCAUGGCUUCACCAUCAUGAAUCGACUGAGUACAGAGAACCUUGUGGAGCCGAUAAACAAAGAUCUGGAGUUCCAGCUGCAGGAUCCCUUCCUGCUCUACAGGAAUGGCAACUUGGGUAUCUAUAGCAUUUGGUUCUACGACAAACGGGAUUGUCACCGCAUCGCCCAGCUGAUGGUCAAGAUUGUGAAACAAGAAAUGGACCACGCCCUGAGAAAAACCCCAGAGAGGAUGGACCCAGGGAGAACCAAUGGAGUCGCAGAAUCCCGACCCAUCGACAUCCUGGAGCUGCUCAGCAAAGCCAAGGAGGAAUACCACAGGGCCCAGAGUGGAGAAACAGACGCGUCUGCAGAGUUAAAUUUGAAAACGAGCAUCAGCAGGGUCCCAGAACCUGCACACAGUACACAUCCAGCUGAAAAGAGCUCUCACACCAUGGUGAAGCAGAUCACUGUUGAGGAGCUCUUUGGUUCUCCGCUCCCUAAAGAACAUUCUGCGCAGAACGCCGCCUCAUCCUCCUCCUCUGGCAGCCUCCCGAGCGCCUAUGUGCAGAAGCAGCCGUAUCCUGCUGCAGCUCACCAGGCUCCUCUCCUCACCCAGCAGUUCUCAACCCACGACCCCGGCUCUAGCCAGCAGCCACACGGACCUGCUCCCAUCCCCACCCCCUACACACUCAAUCCCAGUCCUGUCUUCAAGGCCAUGAUCCCCAUGCCAGACCCCCAGCCUCACUGCUCCGUCUCCCCUCUGCUGAUGGCUCCAGCUGGAUCGGAGCAUCAGAAUAACCUCGCCGCACCUGCAGCACCUUCAUCUGCCUUUCUGGGACAGGACAUUGUUAGCUCUCUCAAGCCAGCAGCUUCAUCUGUGAAUUCCAGCAUCCACAAACCCAUCCUGGCUCCCAGCUUCCUGCCGAGCACGCUGGUCCCCCCUCACAGCUUCCAAGAGCCCAAGAAGGACGUUUUCUCUCAGCCUCCCAAAUUGAUUGCGCCGAUGUCUGCUAUUCCUAUGAGCCCUGGUCUUGCUGUUCCAGGCUCACAUGCUUCAGUGCUGCUCUCCCCAAGUGCUUUCCAGCAGACUACAAAUAAAACUACAACAGUACCGGUCAUCCCGGCCGCCCCUCCGGAUCCAUCCUCUGCUUCUGGAAGAGCUGCAGAGAGUCUGCAGGCCCCCUGCAGUAAAACUCAGCUGCAGGACACUUUGAUACACCUCAUUAAGAAUGACUCGGACUUCCUCAGUGCCAUUCAUGACGCUUACCUGCAGAGCGUAUCCAAGGACUUCAGCAGCUUGAAGCUGUAGUCUGGCUUCAAGCGGACAUCAUUUCAGUGUUAGGGCUUCUUUCUGGCCACAGAAGAGGACACAUGAUUUUGGGAGAAAACGAAGAAUGAGCAGGCAGGUUUGUGACGCACGCUGUCUUUUUUUCGCCACUGGUUCGUGUGCCGAGGAUUGUGACAGGAAAGCCGCGCAAUCUACCCCCGGAAUCUCCUGUUAGCCCGGAUCAGUCGGUGGAUAACCGAGGCAACACGAAGGGGAGACUAUUUCUUCUCUGCGUCCCUCAGCCGUACUUUCCAAAUAAGGUGAAUCUGGUUAAACUAAUGGCCGCUUCUUCAAGAAAUCUGAUUGCUUCCCGGAAAGGGAGGAAAACAAUGGAUGUUCAUUUACAAAAAAUUUUUUAUUUUAUUUUUAUUUUUUUUAAAUAAAUACCUUCCUUUUCUACCGAGAUGCAGUUGAAGCCAAAAAAGCAUAAAUUAUGAAUUUUUCUUUGAGCAGUUUUUUUUUUCUUCAUUUUUUUAAAAUUUACGUUCAGUGGUACAAUAUAUUCGUGACUCCUAAUCGCACAAAGCCCCAUCUUUGCAUCCUUUCUUUCCUCCAGUUGUUCCUGUAUCCUUUUGUUUUCAUCCUUGUUUGCUGUUGCCUCUCCUCCACCAGCUGAGCUCUCAGUGCUUGACCUUUGACCUUCUCGGGGGAGAAGACUUGUGCAAUACACACGAGAUUCAGACCAGCACUAUGAGAUGCUUAAGGAAGGUACUGCAGAACUAGAUUUAUAUGAAUUUUAAUAUCUUCUGCAAAAAAGUGGGAAAAAUGUCAUGAUGGUGUUUGGAUUCCUGUUUACAUUCAUUCUAUAAUCAAUACGCAUAAGGAAAAGUUGGGGUUGAAUUUUCUUUAACAACUUCAUUCUCAUCUGUACUGGGGGGGGGCAAGUCGUUAAAGUUUGGAUUGGACGAAAUGAACUUUCUUUUUUUGUUUACAGUUUGAUUUCAAACAAAGAAAAAUCAGUAAAACUUCAAUUAAAUUGUCCUCUUUGCAGUAGAAGACUACUGCACUACAUCUAGUGGUGAAUCCUGACAGGAAUAGUACAUCCAGGGAGUCCAAGGGACAAGAAAAGUUUAUUUUGCAGAUGUUUUAGUCCACAAAAGCUUUCUCCACAUCUGUAGUCACAACAUAAUGGGCAUGCUGGCUCUUUUCCUCUCCAAAACUAUGGAUGUUAGUUUGCAGGCUCUGAUUUAUUUUCCAAAACAAGCAGUGAAACAAUGUAUUUUUGUUAGCAGUAUGAAAGUCUGCCCUUUUUAUCAUUUUUUAAAUAAUUUUUUUUCAUUUUGCUUCGCUUUAUUUUUUUGAAAAAUCAGAAACGUCCUUGAAUAAAUUGAGAUUAUAUUAACUGCUAAAUACAACACUCAUAAUAAAGUUGGAAAUUAAAAAUCAUCCUUUACCGUAUUGGCUUACCUUCACUGAAAAAAAUGAAGAAACCUUUAUUUAUUUUUUAACAAAAUUCUAAGUGCCACACUUAUUGACACUCCUAAUAAUUACAAUUCUGAACUGAAGGUUUUUUAAAUGGAUGUUUUUGCUUUUUUUUUUUAGUUGAUCAGAGUGCCUAGGAAAUAUUUGUACUAAUAAUUACCUUCCUAUUUCAAGACCCAAAUUUUCUUAGUCACUGUUCAAAAUGGGCACUUGGAGAAAAUGCCUUUAAACACAAAAAGAGUUGCAACUGACUUUAAGAAAUUCUCUGUUCUCCUAAACCAACCUGUGUCUGAAACAUUGUGAAACAUUGAAACUGCAGGUGAAAGAAAUCUAGAGUUCACAUUUGGAUAACUGCAAGAAAUUGGUGUAAUAAAUUACUAAUUUAAAAAGAAAAACAAACAACCAAUUGCCACUCCAUUGUGUUCCUUGGUCUGUUGCUACAGCAAACUGUUUUUAAUACUUUAUCUGCUCAUCUUUACCAAUAAUUGUGGCGUAAAUCCUUUGACUGACAUCAUGACUUGAAUGUGUUUGCCAUCAACAUCAGCUCUGUGCUUCAGUGCUGUUUCUUUUCUGUUUUUUUUUCUUUCUUUCUUUUUUUAAUUAAGCUCAGAGAUGCAAAGUUAAAUAUGUGCAGCCUGGAACAAACCAGAUGUCAGUCGAUGUUUCCGGUACUAAGUGGAAAUCUUGAUUAAAUGAGUGCUUUUUUCCAGUCCAUCUGUCCUAGGAUUUCGAAAUAAAUCCUUUUGAAAUAAAUCCUAGAACAGAUGUCAUAUUUUAGAUUUUAAGAUCAUUAUUUAUCAUUCUGGCCAGAGUUGUGUUUCUUGAAUAAGUCAUUGCAAUUUGUUUUUUUCUUUUUCUUUUUGUCAUUGUGCAUAAGUGGACAUUAUUCAUAUUUUGUGAUAAUAAAGAUCUGAACUCAAAAA